AUGCAUAUCGAGUACGGAGUUAAGAGCAAAAUAGGCGGAGUGUCCUCGAGCCAAAGUCUCUGCAGCUUCUGCGCUGGUCGCAUCAACCCUCACGCCCUCCAAACGAGUAUAACCCGUAGCAAUGGGUUCCAUUCGACUGCCACACGGAACCAGGAUCCCAACGACCCUUUCUCCUCGUUCGAACUCCCUGAUGCCGCCAUGGAAGCUCAAAAGGCCCUGCAAGCGGCGAAACGCNCAGAGGGAGAAGAACAAGACGCUGCUCGUCGUAAGCAGCAGGAAGAACUGAGCGACAAGCUCGCUGCCCAGAGGAUGUUUGGAAAUGCGCAAAGGAAGGGUUCACAGGCACCACAGAAUCAGUCAAAACAAUCGCAGCAGCCACGACAGCCGAACCAGCAAUCGCAACAACCUCGGCCGCAGAAAGUCAUAUCGGCAGACCAGAGACAGCAGCAGAGACAGCAGAAGCCAAACCAGCACACCCAGAGACAGACGCCUGCCUCAGCUCGAGCAAUCGCCUCGGCUCGAGCAGUCGACACGGCCGCCAACCGCCCCUUGAAUCGCGUUCAGACUGCUCAGCGCGACCAGCGUGAUGGACGCAACAGUGACGAAGUAAGGAUGCGACGUUCGCCGAAGGGUCUUGAGCUGGGGUCAGAAGAUACCAUGCCUAGUCUGGAUACACUAGCAACAGAGCAAUUGACGUGGAACAACAAGCCUGCUCCGAGGCCCCACUUCAAGUCCGAGUCGAAUACUCCUUCGAAGCCUGCAGUAAAACCUCCGUCCUGGAUGUCCGCCACUGCAGCUCCCCAGCCAACUGCUCCGCCACCAAGUUCCGUUCCAACAUCACAACCCUCUGAGGACCCCUUCUCAGAACCGUCGCGACCUUCGGACGAGUACGAAGAUAUCUUUUCGGCUGAUCUGGAGCAGGCAAGGAAAGCAAUCGAACCAGUUCCCGCUCCGCCGCUCAAGAUACGAUAUGCGCCUCACACGGAGAGAAGAACUGCGCCAGUCCGCAUCAGAGAUGUCAGCCNNGAGGCCGGUGGGCUAUCGCAAGAGGAGGAGAGGAUGCUCGAAGCAUUAUUGGCUCGCAAGAAUAAGUCACCGCAAACAUUUGCGUCAUCCCCAAUGGAUCCUUUGUUUGGGGAGCAAGAACAACAGACACGACGUGCACUCGUUGAAGAAUCAAGAAUGCGCGUUCAGCAGGAGCAGGCCAAAAAGAUUGAAGAAGAACGUUCUCGCGGAACCCGUUUCUCUACUACUAUGGUCAAUAGCCGCGAUGAGCCAGACGAGACACCAUUCGAGAACGCUCAGAACUGGAACAUCCUGAAGUCGAGAAGACAGUCUUCCACGCAGCAGAACGAUCAACCACAAUCGAGGCAACAAGAGCGGGAGAGCAACAAUGGAGGCAACGCAAGAUUCGCACCCAUAUCUGCAGGAGACAUCGAUGCAAGAUUUGAAGAGUACAGACAAAGGCGACCGAAAUUCGGCGGUUUCAACAUCGAGUCUCUAAAUGUCGAGAAUAGACCGGCCGAUCGCGCCCGCCCUGGUAUGACUUGUGUCAGAUGUAAUCAGCCAGGGCAUGGUUUCCGCAACUGCCCCAAUCCACCCAAACCUGGCUGGGUUGAAAGAGCUCCAGGUCAGAAGCCUGUUCGUGGUGAGCGACCCGAUCGCAACGCAACACGAGCCGACAGAGACGAACGACGACCCAGAGAACCCAGGGAGAUCAGGAGCGCUGGAAGAGACAUGGCCGCUGCACACGGAUCUCCGGCAACCGAAGAAGCCUCAGCAGAAGCUCAAGAACUAGACCCUGCUGAAAUCGAAGCAGCUAGAAGACUGGCGGAGCGCAAUGCUCGUAGAGCAUCUCGUUUCGUUGAGGAAGAUGAUGAGGCUGAUGCGCCCAAAGCCGCACCCGUCAAGGGACGCCGCAGUCGCUUCGAUGAUGAAGUAGACGACGCAGAGGACGAUGACAAGCCUCGCAGAGGUCGCCGCAGCCGCUUCGACGACGAUGAUGAUGUGGAAGGCAAUUAUGGUGCCAUGCGCAACAACCGCGAUGAACGCAAGAAAGCCCGCCAAGCAAAGAAGGACAAGGCAGCGAAGGAGGCUGCGCGUCAAGCUGCCAGACAAGCAAGACGUGCAGAGGCCAUGACUCCCAUCAACCUGCCGGAGUUCGUCAGCGUGUCGAAACUUGCACAACUGACAAACGUCACCUACCAAGAGAUGGCCGAGAAGAUGGAGGAACUUGGCUUCGAAAACACAUCGCACGACCACAUUCUUGGUGCCGAGGAGGCAGGUUUGAUUGCUAUGGAAUACAACUUCGAUCCUACUCUCGGUGCUCAGGAGGAGGCAGAGGCCGAGGAGCGUGACCUCAAGGCACUACCUGAGCCUGCACCUGAAGACAAAGAGUUCUUGCCUGUCAGACCUCCUGUUGUUGCCAUCAUGGGACACGUCGAUCAUGGAAAGACGACCAUCCUCGACUAUCUCCGCAAGUCUUCGAUCGCAGCUUCCGAGCACGGAGGUAUCACACAACAUAUUGGUGCCUUCAGCGUUGCUCUUUCCAGCGGCAAGACCAUUACCUUCCUCGAUACACCUGGCCACGCAGCUUUCCUCGAGAUGCGCAAGCGUGGUGCCACUGUGACUGACAUUAUCAUUUUGGUUGUUGCAGCUGACGACUCGGUCAAGCCGCAGACCAUCGAAGCCAUCAAGCACGCCCAGUCCGCACAUGUGCCCAUCAUCGUCGCAGUCAACAAGAUUGACAAGGAAGAAGCCAAUGUAGACCGCGUCAAGCAAGACCUAGCUCGCCAUGGAGUCGAGAUCGAAGACUUUGGUGGCGACACUCAAGUCGUGCCUGUCAGUGGUAAGACUGGUCAAGGUAUCGACGAGCUCGAAGAUGCAGCAGUCACUCUUUCCGAGAUUCUGGAUCACCGCGCCGACACUGAGGGUCAAGUCGAGGGCUGGGUCAUCGAAGCCACGACCAAGCCCCAAGGCCGUGUAGCUACUGUGCUUGUCCGCCGCGGUACCUUGAAGCCCGGAACCAUCAUCGUAGCAGGCAAGACCUGGGCUCGUGUCCGCAGUCUCCGCAAUGAAGCAGGUGUGACCCAGAUGUCUGCCGGUCCCGGUACACCCAUCGAGGUAGACGGCUGGCGCGAUCAACCCGACGCAGGCGACGAAGUCCUGCAAGCACCCAACGAGCAAAAAGCCGCCGAUGUCGUCUCUUUCCGCGACGAAAAGGAAGAGCGCAUUCGCAUGGCCGAAGACAUGGAAAAAAUCAACAUCCAACGUCGCGAACAGCAAGUCCAGCGUGACUUGACCAAAGAAGCCGCCGCCGCCGAAAAGGCAGCCGAGAAAGCAGCACGAGCCGGUGGCACCGAAGUCGAGGCGCCAGCAGCAAGCCGCAAAGUCGCGCUCGAUGCCGAUGAGAACGAGACUCCUGGACAUCAAACCGUGCCUUUUAUUAUCAAGGCCGAUGUCAGUGGUAGCGUGGAAGCUGUGUCUGCUUACCUGCUCCAAAUGACCAACCCUCUCUGUUCGCCAAAACUACUGCGCGCCUCUGUGGGCCCAGUCUCUGAAUUCGACAUUGAGCACGCUGAUGCGGCAGGUGGCCAUAUCAUUUCGUUCAACCUACCCCACGACCCCGACAGUGCUGGCCGUGCCGAACGCAAGGGCAUCAAGAUCCUCGAGCAAAACGUCAUCUAUCGCAUCGUCGAUGAUGUGCGUGCCGUACUCGAGGAAAAACUGCCACCGCAAAAGAUCCAAAAAGUCACUGGUGAAGCUGAAGUAGCCAUGAGUUUCGAGAUUGGCGUUGGCGGACGCAAGAAGAUGAAGAUUGCUGGUUUGAAGGUCAGAAACGGUGUUGUGGCCAGAGGAUCGCGGGUCAGAGUUACCAGGGGUGAGGAUAGGGUGUAUGAUGGUAAGUUUGUUUUUCCUUUCUUCUUCCACUUUGUAUCUCAGAGGGCAUUUACUGACUUGAGAAAACAGNGUAUCGUGACCAGUCUUAAGAACGUCAAGAAGGACGUUCAAGAGAUGCGCAGAGGCACAGAGUGCGGCAUGGGCUUCGAAGGCUGGGAAGGCUUCGAAGUCGGCGACAUGAUCCAGACCUUUGAGGAGAGGACGCAGAAGCGCACUCUGCCGCUCUGA